GGGUAUUAGGAGCGGGGGCGCGCACAACGCAGUCUAUAGGUCGGUCUCCGCCGAUUCAACGUUCCGAUAUUCACGGAGUCUCUCCAGAGCUGUGCUCUGCCAAACUAGUGACACAAUAUGAUCAGAAGUCAUGAAAUCCUUACUUGUGCGCCCUGAGAUGCAACAAAACACCACACAGGAACUGUCGAUGUGAGGGAGAGGAACUCUCAAGCCUGGUGAGCUGCCUUGCUGUCAGGCAGAAAUACGAGAACCAUGUUCCUCAGGUAGUACCUGUCCUGCAAGAUGCCUCCCGCUGUGCUGGAUCCCAUGGACAUUUGGGCAGCUGAUACCCAGCUCCCUGCUGAUGUCUCUGUGGACAUCCUCCUUCCCACUGGCAUCUAUGUGCAGAUGGAUGUGCCACGGGAUGCAUCAAUAUCACACAUUAAACAGCUCCUAUGGAAGCAUGCACAGAACUACCCUCUCUUUCAUCUGCUCCUUGAGAUUGACUCCUAUAUGUUUGAGUGCAUCAACCAGACUGCUGUACAUGAGGAACUAGAAGAUGAGACUCGACGACUAUGUGAUGUGCGGCCUUUCCUGCCUGUUUUAAAGUUGGUGUCGAGGAGCUGUAACCCUGCUGAAAAGUUAGAUUCCAAAAUCGGUGUCCUGAUAGGGAAAGGUCUACAUGAGUUUGAUUCACUGAAAGACACUGAGGUGAAAGAUUUCAGGAGUAAAAUGCGAAAGAUCAGCGAGGAAAAGAUCCAUUCAAUGCUUGGUUUGACCUGGUUGGAGUGGUUAAAGUGCACAUUCCCACCUGAACUGGAGCCUUCAGUUCCUGAAAACAUCCAAGACAAGCUUCAUAGUGGAAACAUUGUGGUGGCCAUUCAUUUUGACAGCUGCCAGGAUGUUUUCAGCUUCCAAGUGUCUCCCAACAUGACACCACUGAAAAUGAAUGAGCUUGCUAUUCGGAAGCGCCUGACCAUUCAUGGGCGUGAGGGUGAAGAGGUGGAUCCAGACGAUUAUGUGCUGCAGGUCAGCGGGAGGCUGGAGUAUGUUUUUGGUGACCACCCGUUAAUUCAAUUUCAGUACAUUAGGAGCUGUGUUAUGGAUAGGAAGCUCCCUCGUCUCACUCUGGUGGAGUGUUGUAAUAUUAAGAAGAUGUUUGACCAGGAAAUGAGUGCCAUUGAGCUUGCAGUGAAGAGGAAGCCUUCUGUAGCUCCAUUGCCCUUGCCGCCCAAGACGCGUGGUGCCUCGGUAAUGUCUCAGAGUGUGUGGGAUAUUGUUCAACCCUACAAAAUCACACUGGUAAAGGGCAGCAAACUAAACUCUGAGGACACUGUUGUGGUGCGGGCUGGCUUGUUCCAUGGCACAGAGCUCCUCUGUAAACCCAUCAUGAGCUCUGAGGUGCCAGGAAAGAAUGACCAUGUCUGGAACGAGACACUGGAGUUUGAAAUAAAUGUGUGUGAUUUACCACGUAUGGCUCGUCUCUGUCUGUCUGUCUAUACUGUGCUAGAUAAGACCAAGCCCAGGAAACCGACCAAGACGCCAAACACAAAGUACCAGACCAUAAAAAAAGCUGGCAAAAUGCACUACCCAGUUUCAUGGGUGAAUACCAUGGUGUUUGACUACAAGGGGCAGCUGAAGACUGGUGAACAUAUCUUGCACACCUGGUCAUCUUUUCCUGAUGAACUUGAAGAAUUGUUGAAUCCCAUGGGAACGGUACGGAACAAUCCUUACAUUGAAAACGCUACAGCUCUACAGCUCAAAUUCCAGGAAUACAGCAAAAUGUCUGUGUAUUACCCUCCCUUUGAUAAGAUACUGGAAAAAGCGGCAGAGAUUGCCAGACAAAGUGUCACUUUAACAAUGUCGGGUCGAGGGGGAAAGAAGUUUAAUAUUGAGCUUAAAGAGAUCAUGGAGAGGGACCCAUUGUGCCAGCUGUGUGAGAAUGAAAAGGAUCUGAUCUGGACUUUACGCUAUGACUGCCGGGAGAACUUCCCCUGUUCACUGCCCAAACUGCUGCUUUCUGUCAAAUGGAACAAGCUGGAAGAUGUUGCACAGCUUCAGGCACUUUUACAGAUCUGGUCGAAACUGCCUCCAAGAGAUGCCCUGGAGUUGCUUGAUUUUAACUAUCCUGAUCAAUACGUACGAGAAUAUGCAGUCAACUGUCUGAAGCAGAUGAGUGAUGAGGAACUCUCCCAGUAUCUGCUUCAGUUGGUACAAGUGCUUAAGUAUGAGCCAUUCCUGGACUGUGCACUUUCUCGGUUCCUAUUGCAGAGAGCCCUGGCUAACCGGAGAAUAGGACAGUUUCUCUUCUGGCAUUUAAGGUCUGAAAUUCAUACAACUGCCGUUUCUGUUCAGUUUGGUCUGUUGCUUGAGGCUUACUGCCGUGGGAGUGUUGCCCACAUGAAAGUACUCUCCAGACAGGUCGAGGCUUUGAACAAACUACGCACUUUGAAUGGGCUGAUUAAGCUAAACGCCUUAAAGCUAAGCAGGGUGAAAAGCAAAGAGAACAUGCUUGCAUGUUUGAAGCAGAAUGCUUACCGUGAGGCGCUCACCAACAUCCAGUCUCCGCUGAACCCUAGUGUUACACUCUCAGAGCUUGUUGUAGAAAAGUGUAAAUAUAUGGACUCCAAAAUGAAACCAUUGUGGAUCGUUUAUAACAAUCGAGGCUUUGGAGGUGAAUCUAUGGGAAUCAUCUUCAAAAAUGGAGAUGACCUAAGGCAGGACAUGUUAACCCUCCAGCUACUGCGUCUGAUGGACAUGCUAUGGAAGGAGUCUGGACUUGACCUGAGAAUUGUGCCUUAUGGAUGUCUGGCAACAGGGGAUCGAUGUGGUAUGAUAGAAGUUGUGUCUGCGGCAGAGACUAUUGCUGACAUCCAGCUGAUUGGCUCCAAUCUUGCAGCUGCAGCUGCCUUCAACAAAGAUGCUCUGCUGAACUGGAUUAAGGAGUUCAACUCAGGGGACGAUCUUGACAGAGCAAUUGAAGAGUUCACCUUGUCCUGUGCUGGCUACUGUGUAGCGACUUAUGUGCUUGGUAUUGGAGACAGACAUAAUGACAACAUCAUGGUCAGAAAGACUGGGCAGCUUUUCCACAUUGACUUUGGCCAUAUUUUGGGAAACUUCAAAUCCAAGUUUAAAAUUAAGAGGGAGCGUGGUCCCUUUAUUCUCACCUAUGAUUUCAUCCAUGUCAUCCAACAAGGAAAAACAGGGAAUACAGAGAAAUUUGGCAGGUUCCGUCAGUGUUGUGAGGAUGCUUACCUUAUCUUGCGCAGGAACGGGAACCUCAUCAUCACUCUUUUUGCUCUCAUGCUGACAGCAGGACUUCCAGAGCUGAGCUCUGUGAAAGAUAUUCAGUAUGUAAAGGACUCUCUGGCCCUUGGGAAAACAGAGGAUGAAGCACUUAAGCAAUUCCGACAAAAGUUUGAUGAAGCUCUAAAAGAAAGCUGGACGACCAAAGUGAACUGGAUGGCUCACACUGUCCGUAAAGAUUAUAAGGCUUAAUGGAGCAGUUUAUGCCAACACUUGCCUAUUGAGUAUUUCACACACUAGCUCCAGGGAUGCGCUAGAUUAAUGUAUUUAUCUAGAGGAACCUGUGCCACAGUGGACUUACAACUGCAGUCCAGAAGUUGUGAUACGCCUGUGUUCACCGAGAGUAAGGAAAGGUCGAGACAGAAGGCAGAUGUCUUCUGUUUUUGGACUCCAUUCUUAAUGAGUUGAUUCUGCUGCUUUCUCAACUGGGAAGAUUUGCACAAAGGGAUGUUACACUGGUCCAGUAGUCAUUAAGAAAUACCUUCAAGGAAGAGAAUCACUGCCUUUUUUUUUUUUUGACUCAGCUUUUGCACACAUUAUCGUCUGAUAUUUCAAUUAGAAAAAGUAUGUUUUUUUCCUAACCACAAGGCACAAGAACUCAGGAGUUCAGGACAUAUUUUUUUUUUAAAUUUCAGACUUCCUUAGUACUUUGUAAUAGUUUAAGCCCUGUCCAUAGCACCGCAUCUAACGCAGACCAAACAAAAAUGAGUCCGUUUGUAGGUUAACAGUCUUGUUUACCUCUCUAAUAAGUCUUCUAGGCGCCACAUACAGCUAGACUGGCAAUUUCAUUUUACUAAUCUCCAGUUUGUGUUCAGAUCAGCCAUGACCACAUUCCAUGUUGCACUGUUGGGUGUGUUUAUGUGGAAUACUUGGCUUCCUAAUAGCAGAUGUCUUCCUCUGUAUUCCGCAUCACUUGUUCAUUGGGCUUUCAUGAAUACUAUACCACAGAAAUCUUUAUGACCCUUCCUUCAUACACUAAGGUUGAAUGGUAUCUGUAGAACAUGUCAUCGUAUUAGACUGUUUCAAGGCAUUGAAUUAAAGAGAGCUUACAGUUGUCUCUGGCAGCUCAAAUGUUAAUUGCCACUGUUCAAAAAAAGUGUAAAAGGAUGCAGCCAUGUUGAAUUUCUUUCCCCUUUUGAAAUGGGGUUUUGGGCAGACAGAGUUACUGAGUUACUUGACAUCAAUGUGCAAUGCAGCAGACCAAUGUUUAGUCAGCUGCUAAUGGAAUGGAUGAAUGUGUAUGCCUGGAUAUUUCUACUAAAACUGAAUUGUCUGAUUUGCACCUGAAAGUAUAAAGUAUAUUAUCAAGGUGAAUAAAGCAAGGUAGAAAGAAAAGUACUAUUUAUUCCAUGCUUUUAUUUUUAUUAUGUUUUUUAAACAGGAACAUUUUUAUGAAAUUCCAUCGGGAGUUACAAACUUUUUCCAAUAUUUAUGAAUGUUCCUGAGAAUGUGUCUUCCUGGUAGAAGACCAAACUCUUCGCUACAACAGAAACUGUGUUUAGACAGAGAUGCUCUAAGACUUGCAAAGACCCCUGCAGGUCUUUUUUCCUGCUUACUACUUGUCGUUGGAAACCAACAAAUAAUGUGUUACACUGGAAGCUAUAAAUAUGUAUAUGAUGCCUCAGAUUAAAAAGCUAUUUUAAAAUGCAAAUUUUAAUGAUUUUACACUGUAAGAAGGGCAUGUGGCCUUCUGAAUUAGACUAAUAAAAAUGCUGUGUAAAAUGUCUGGA